CGGUAGUCGCGGAAAGGCAAAAAAGAAAAGGUGCUCUCAACACCGGCCGUCGACCCCACGCCCGAUCCCCCAGCGCCGCCGCAUCUGCUCCGUCCAUCCUCCGCCUCUCCGGCUAGCCGGAAAGUCGUUUUCGAAUUGGAUGAGGACCCCACGCCGCCGCCGGUGCAGCGGAUCCGCCACGAGCCAGAACAACAGGCGCCAAAACCAAAUCAAUUCCUUUCCUUGCUACGACACACCCACAGCACGGCACGGCACAGGGGGCUCUGCUCAGCUCCUCUGCUCUCCUCUCCUCGUCUCCGCCUUUUGGAUUGGACCCUGCAUCGCCGGCCGGGCCGGCGACGUCACCGGCAAGUACCAAACUGCCCCCACCGCUCGCCUCUCUAUAAAUACGGGGCCGCCGGCUUCCGCCACAAGAUUCUGCCGCAACCGCCAAAAAGAUCCCCUCGGAAUCCCCCGCCGGCCCAUUCCGCCGUCGCCAUCGGACUCUCUCCCUCCGUCUCUCUCUCUCUCUCUCUGUCUCGUCGCCGCCGCCGCAUCCUCCGCCCCUAAACCCUAGCCCUUGCUGCCGGACGUCGCUAUGACCGAGCCGUAGGCGGCACCUCGGCGCCGCGGGACACGAUGGAGGACGAUGACAUCGAGGAGGGCGUGGGCGAGAGCUCAUGGCCUUCCGCCGCCGCCGCCGACCGGGGAGGCUCCUCGGGCGGCGGCGGCGGCGGGUACACUGACAUCCGGAAGGAGAUCUUCGACCGUCUCAUGGCGAAGGGAGUCGAGGAGGUCGUCUCAGACCCGUCGGCCUUCCGCGAACAGCUCCACCGGCACUUCGAGCGGCUGCCGGCGAGCUAUUCCAUCGAUUUGGACGUCGAGAAGCCGGAGGACGUGCUGCUGCACCGCAGGAUUCUCGACGAGUGCGCUAACAACCCUAACAAGCGCCCCAUCUUCCAUGUCCGCUUUUUGAGGUGCAUUCACGGCCCCCUGGAUUCAGAAGACAAACCACAGGGCCCCUCCACGAGUGAAAACGGUAAUAGUGGGGGCUCUCUUACCUCCACUUUGAGAGAAGCUGAAUUUAGGGGAUCUGAACCAUGUGAAAGGAUGAUGGAGGACCUGAGUUUGGAGAGAAGAAAAUUUGUGGAUGACUCUGACGCCAGUUCUGCGAGGAGGGACACAGGGUUUCGCCGUAUUCAUGAAAUUAUUUUUUCUACCAUUGACAAGACAAAGCUCCUCGCUGAGUUAUCUGCUUUGCUGUCUGCAGUUGGACUGAACAUUCGUGAAGCUCAUGUUUUCUCAACAACCGAUGGCUUUUGUCUGGAUGUAUUUGUGGUUGACGGCUGGGAUACAGAGGAGACGGAUGGUUUGCUACAGAAACUCAAGGAGACAGCAGCACACAGUCAUGCCUCAUUAUUGAACCCAACAAAUUCUGCAGCCACGGAAAGAAUACUAGAGCUGCAAGAGAAGAUUGGUGAUUCGAAUGUCGACAGGAGUUUGCUGCAGAUUAGGGAGAAGAUUGCAUCUGGAUCUUCCGGAGACUUAUUCCGAGGAACUUAUCAUGGUAUGGAUGUUGCAAUAAAGUUUCUUAAAGCUGAACAUGUUAAUGACUCUUCAAAAGUGGAGUUUUUACAAGAAAUAAUGAUUCUAAAGAGUGUUAAUCAUGAUAAUGUCGUUCGGUUCUACGGGGCAUGCACAAAGCAGAGCAAGUAUGUCAUUGUAACAGAGUAUAUGCCUGGAGGUAAUUUAUAUGACUUUCUUCACAAGCAAAAAAACAAUUUGGAUCUCACAAUGGUUCUUAGGAUUGCUAUCGGCAUCUCAAAGGGGAUGGAUUAUUUGCACCAAAAUAACAUUGUCCAUAGAGACUUGAAGACUACCAAUUUGCUGAUGGGAUCUGAUCAUGUUGUGAAGAUUGCAGACUUUGGAGUCUCAAGGCAUCCAUCUCAAGAUGGAGAUAUGACUGCUGAAACUGGUACCUACAGAUGGAUGGCGCCUGAGGUAAUAAACCAUAAGCCCUAUGAUCACAGGGCAGAUGUCUUCAGCUUUGCUGUUGUUCUGUGGGAGCUGGUCACUUCAAAGAUCCCAUACGAAAAUCUGACACCCUUGCAAGCUGCACUUGGAGUGAGGCAGGGGAUGCGGUUGGAGAUCCCCCCACGGGUGCAUCCGCAACUGUCUAAAAUGAUUCAGCAGUGCUGGGAUGAAAAUCCCAACGUGCGUCCCUCCUUCGCUGAGAUCACCGCAGAACUGGAAGACAUGUUACAACAUCUGCAGGCCUCCAAGGGAACCAACCGUCAUUCGAAAGCAAAGUUGCACAAGAAAGUACAGAGGUAGAUAGAAUAACGAGGUUCUCAGUAACCUUGUCAAGAAUAGCUUAGAGGAGCUUAAUUAGUAUCAUCGCCCAUAUUAUGAGGCUACUACGUUACGGUUAGUUGCUACGAAGAUGCUGCUAGCAUAGAAUGUUUUGUGUGUGUGUGUGUAUAUGUAUAUGUGGGGUGCUUGUCUGUUGCUCCCAAAUACAUUAGUACGCAUACAGUGAGAACCGCCGCCAAUACAGCAUGAAAAGACAGACAAAGACAUAUCCAUGUAUAUAUAAGAUGGCUUGCAAGCAGCAUAGAAGUGCUGUAGUGUUUGUCUA